CACGAUGGAGGCAGGUGCGAUCAUCCUGCUGCUGUUCGCUUUACACGGAACCGCUUCAGCAUCCAGCUUCUACGGAGGCAGCAUCAGCUUCAGGGCCCCAAAGGAAAAGGCCGGGACGUAUCAGGUGACCCUCCAUCACAGACAGAACGGCAGAGGGUCAUGCAGUGACAAGCCGUCCUUCCAGUGCGACGGUGGAGUGUGCACCAGUCUCGAUUCGUCCGAGGUCCUUCUAACAGAUCAGGACAGCAUGGGACAGGACAGGUGGUGUCAGUCUGAAGCGCACACGACAGCGACCCUCUCCACCAAUCACAGCUCCCUCUCUCUGAGGGACUCUGGCUGCUGCUGGGCGUCAAAUGUGGAAGGAAAAACAAACUGGACGUCUUCUGUUGAGUUGGACCUGGGGACUCGAUCUGACACACAAGAAGUCAACAGUUGUCCUGUAACCACCACCGUGUCCUCUUUACGGUUUCCUCAGAACUGUUUUACGAGGGUGCGUCUUCUGGCACACGAUCCUGACGGAGACAAAGUGAGAUGUCGUUUCACCAAAGAUGCUACAGUUCCCCAAAACUUCACUCUGGAUGAGACUACAUGCACACUGAUGAGUUCAGGUCAGGUGGGGGUCAACGUCCACGUGUUCGAGCUGAUGCUGGAGGACUUUCCCACCAAAAACAUCACUCUGACCUACGCCGAUGGAACGACUGUUACGCGGGAGGUGUCCAAUGUGAACCAACCAUCUCUGUGCAAAGUCAAGCUGCAGUUCACUGUGGAGAUUCUUUCUCCAAUCCCAAACUGUGAACUGGGUCAUGUUCAGCCCAUGUUCCUGUCUGCAACGCCGUCACAUGAUGACGUGCUUUACGCCACUGUGGGGCAGACGUUCCAGAUUUACGCCCAAGCACAGGCAAACCAUGCAAGCAUCAAGGACUUCCAGGUGAGCGGUCCUCGGAACAUAACUAAAGUGGUCAAGGAAGGAAAUUUUGGAAAAGCUAGCAUGACUCUGAGGUGGACUCCUCUGCAGAGCGACGUGUACAGAUUCAUUCCCGUCUGCUUCACUGCAGAGACAAAUGAAACCCAAUCAGAGAUGAGGUGUGUUGUUGUCAUGGUGACCCAAGCAACCAUCAUUCAAGGAAAGGCCAGCGUUCAGUGCUUGCCCAACAAGAUGACGGUGGUCCUGGAGAAAGCCUCCAUGCCGGGGAUCGAUGAGAACUUUCUGGAGCUGAAAGACUCGUCAUGUUCGCUUACCUCCAACAGCACCCACAUCAUGGGCACCAUGUCGUUCAGCACCUGCGGCACUAAAAUAGAGGACAAAGGAGACUUCAUCAUCUUCCAGAAUGAGAUCAACUCCUUCGAGCUUCCCACCGAGGUUAUAGUCCGAAGAAAGACGGUCAAGAUUGGGUUCUCCUGCCAGUUUCCCAAGACCAUCAGCAUCUCCAGUUACUUCUCUCUCCACAAGUCCGACUACAUCUUCACCGAGUCCAACUUUGGCAGCUUUGGCUACACGUUUGAGAUUUUCCGUGAUGGAAACUUUUCAAAUAAGGUGCCGGCCAAAGCCUACCCAGUGGAGGUGAAGCUGUUGCAGACUAUCUACAUGGGCAUUCAGGCUCAGUCUGAGCUUUCAAACGUUCAAGUGUUUGUUGAGUCGUGCAAAGCAACUCCUGAUGACAACCCUGACAACAGCCUGUCCUACAACCUCAUCCAGAACGGUUGUAACAAGGAUGAAACACUAAAAGUCUACCGAUCUGAUGAUCCAACUUCAUUCAAAUUUGAGGUUCAAGCCUUCAAAUUUACGGGGAACUAUGAUCAGGUGUACAUCACCUGCUCCGUCAUCCUCUGUGAGAUCGGCAGUCCCUUCUCCAGGUGCGCUCAGGGCUGUCUGAAGGAACCGUCCCGCCGACGCAAGAGAGCGGUGGGCAAGGAGACAGUCGGCCACUCCAUUACCCAGGGUCCUUUGCGGUUUGUCAGUCAGGCUGUGCCAGAAGUUGCAGUGGAUGAAGACGAUGUCAUGAUAAUGAACGAUGUCAUGCCUGAUGUGAUGAUCAAGAGUAACACGGCCGAUGUGAUGAUGGAGAGUUACACGCCCGCCGAAGUGUUUCCUCCAACACUUCUUAGAAAAGCUGAACCGGGUGAGGAAGGUAGGAGUAUAAGGGAGAUCCUCAACACCAACAUCAGCACCAUAUUCUUUGCCACAGCUUUCCUAGUGUCUCUGGUGGUGAUGGCUGUGGUCAUUCGCCACUUCAGCAUCAAGAGAAGAGCAGAUGAUCGCAAAUCUCUUCUCGUUUCAGGCUGGUAGACAUAAACCAAACUAAUCUCAUAUAUUACAUGUUAUAUUUUUCCCUCUUUUAAAGACUAGGGCAACUGUUUUUCUAAAGUCUAUCUUCUAAUGACACAUGUCCAAUUUCAUCACACCUUCAUAUUAGCCAAUAAGGAUCUGUUCUUCAUGAGGUUUAAUCGAAGAAAAGUGGGGACAGUGUCCACUGUCUCACUCUGUGCAGAAUUUAAGUAAAUAAUUAAAUCUACACAACUGCAUCAAUAGAGCCAUGUAAAUGUGAUUCAGUGAUUUGUAUGGCAGAUUCAUCAUACAUUACAAUGGAAACAGUCAAACACAACGUCUGCUUGCUAGAUAGCAGCCGCCUGCAAGCUGUCACAUUAGCCAUGAAGAAUGUAUUUUUCAAAAGGUUCAAUUGAAGGAAAUACUCCCCUUUACAGCGGUUGAUUAAAGGCACAGCCAUUCAGUAGGGGGCGUUCCAAAUGUUUUGGAUACACUCUUGUUGAAAUGUAAUGUCGUCCAUCUUUUCAUAAAGUCUACUGUUUGGACAAGAAUGUUGGAAGGUAUUGCUUCAAUUCUAUUAAAGGUCUUUUUUUCCCUU